AUGGCCAAUAGAAUUUUAGAUUUUUUCAAUGAUAAUAAGGUUGUUGAUGAGAUAGCCAAAGCAAAGACGAUGUGGACGAGAGUGUUAAAUUCAACGGAUAUUUAUGGAAAUGAAACAACAAAUGAAAUUCUCCUUUCAAAAGUUCGUAAUGAAGUAUUUCUUUCAUUUUCAAAAUUUGGCAUUGCGAAUAGUGAAUUUAAAGACACUGUCGGCAAUCUAGCAGAACUUGUUAAAGAAGGAAAAAUCAAAUAUAUUGGUCUUUCUGAAUGUUCCGCAGAAACUCUUCGACGUGCUUAUAAAGUGUAUCCUAUUGUCGAAGUCCAAGGUGACAAUAAAAAUUUUGGAAAUUGGAUAUAA